AAUUAUAAGUUUACACUUCCUGGUUCUGAUACCUGCAGAACUAUUUUAUAAUGUUAUGAAAACAGAUUAAUUAUUCAUAAAGCCAGUUCCCUUUAAAGCUGUUCAUAGUGCAGAUGAAUCUUGUCGUUAAUCAAUGCCUAUAAUGGAAACGGGGCCUUUGUUGUAUUGGAUUUUAAUAUUUGGAUGUUUUUAUCACAUGGAAUCCAUUUCAGCCUCAAGCAAAACAUGUAUAUUUGAAAAUGUGAAAUGUAUUUGUUGGCAUCAAGACAAUGGUUUCCAUGUUAACUGCUCGGGAAAAAUUGGAAAGAAGAUUCCUAAAAUUGAUGAUAAUGUAGUUUGGUUGGAUUUAAGUCACAACAACAUACAAGAAAUUGAUCCACAAAAACUGCCUAACCGUUUAAAAUAUCUUGAUCUUUCUUCGAAUACUCUUACAAAUGUGAAGAAAAUGUUCUUUAAUUCUUUACCAGAGCUCCGCUUUCUAAAUUUAUCGUAUUGCAGUGUAAGUCAUGUGGAGGAAGGAGCUUUCGUUGAUUUGGAUAAUUUGCAACACUUAGAUGUUUCCUUCAAUAGAAACUUAGGAUUUGCGUCAUUGCCAAAUCUGACAUUUGGUCUCAUCAAAACAAGGAUUAGUUCGCUGCAACUGAAUGGGAUCACAUGUAAGACAGGAACAGGUACAACCUUAAGACGUCAUCAUUUAAGAAACAUCAGAGGAACAAAUAUUACAGAACUUUCGCUAGACAGCAAUAGACUGGAAUUAUUUGAACCAGGAGUAAUCGGAUGGUUACCAAAAACGUUAAAGGUAUUUUCAAUGGCUAACAAUAAAUUAACAACAGGUGUAUAUCUUUUAGAAUUUGCACCAAUGACGAAUUUAAGAAUUUUGAACGUAAGUUUACAGCUUCAUCCACCGAAAUACCCGUUGUCAGUGCUCGAUAGAUGUCAAGAUAAAGUGGAAAGACAAAUUUAUGAUGGUGCUAAUGAUUCAAUCAAAGAACUGUUAGAAAACUACUACAAUAAUGAUUAUUCUCUUAACUUUAACUGGACGAUUCCUUUACCCCCAAAUCUUGAAACAUAUGAUGCUCAUUCUAGUAGAUUAUACUUUCAUGUUCCAGACUUUUCUGUGCAUGCUCCAAAUCUUCGACACGUGUACCUUCAAAACAAUUUCAUAAUAUCAUGGACGGGGCAUGUACAAAUGAAAAACUGCAAUAUAUUAACCUUGGAUAUUUCAAACAAUCUCUGCUCUCAUGUGUCACUACAAAGUUUGCAAGCCUUGAAACAUGCACGAUAUUUGAACAUUUCUCACAAUGACUUAGGACAAGAUUUAGAAAAGGACACAGAAGGUCUACUGUUUAAAACUCUUGAGAGACUGGAAGUUUUGGACAUGUCAUUCAACAGAAUUUCUUCGUUACCAAAACAAAUUCUGAGAAAUUCAAAAAGGAUUAAGUACAUUAACGUUAGUAACAACAGAUUAUCUGAUUGGGAAGUUAGUGUGAGUGGUAUGCCCAAUUUAACAUUGCUUGAUUUAUCUCAAAACAAAUUGACAACGCUUGAUGACAACGCUCGUAUUAACAUUGAAAGAGCUUUCAAACACUCCAAUGUAUCCAUUGACUUGUCUGAGAAUGCGCUAGCUUGCUCAUGUGAGAAUCAAGAAUUUCUAGUAUGGAUGACAGAAAGCAAUCAGCAUUUUCUCAACAUCGAUAAUUACACGUGCUCUCCACCGAAUCCUCGAUUUAGUUUUAGAACAUUAAACAAAUCUGUGAUUUCGUUGUCAAAGUCUUGUAAAUCUUAUUUAGGUUGGUACGUUGGAUGUGCAGUGUCAUUGGCGGUAUUUUGUAGCUUUUUAACAAGUCGGUUACUUGUCAAGAACAAAUGGAAAAUCCGAUAUAUUGUCUACAAGUCAAAGCAGAAAUUUGGAUGGGUAAAGCAACCCAAUAUGCAGGGGUCAACCAGCGUGAAUUACGAACAUGACGUAUUUCUGUCCUACAGUGGUUGUACAUUAAUGUUUGUACUGAAUGAGGUCAUUCCUCGUCUGGAAGGAAACAGGAAUAUGAAGCUUAUUAUCAGAGAUCGGGACUAUUUGCCAGGAUUUCCAAAAACGGAUAGUAUAAUGCAUAGUCUACAAGAGAGUCGAAAAACUGUUUGUAUUGUGUCCAAAAAAUACUUAGAAUCCAGGUGGCGCGACUAUGAACUGAACAUGGCGAAGACAGAAGGCAUUGUCGAUCGGAGUGGCUUAGAUUUUGUCAUUCUUAUUUUGUUACCGGAAGUGUAUAAUAGCGGUUAUCCUAGAAAAAUUAUGGACCUGGUGAAGAGAAAUUGUUAUAUUGAAUAUCCGGAAGAAUCGUGUGCUUGUGACGAUUUCUGGAAUGAAUUGGUCGAUAUGAUUGAAAGUUAAAGAGAUACCAGUGCUUUAUCUGUAAUGACUAUUUCUCCAUAUAUUUCUGUCGGAGCAAGGUGAAACAAAUUAGUUUACUUUAUAUAUAUUCUGCACCAAAACUGUAAAUAUUAUAAAUGAACGAUCAUCUUUUAAUGUGUAUCGAAUAUUUGAGUUUGUGAUCAAAUAUACGAGUGGUAUCACGUCUAUCAUGUUUCAGAAGUGUAUGCUUUAAUGAAAUGUAAAACUUUCACAAAGAUUAAAAGCAUUGAAUGGAAUCACCGAUGGUGAGGCAGAAAGGAACAAGUGUAAAGGAUACUUACGAAUUACUUAAAUCCGUGGGCUCAUUUUCAUGGAUUGUCUACAUUUUACGACUUCAGUUUUCAUUGUCGUGUAACGUAAAUUGAAGCUGAAUAUAAAUUUUGUAAUUGUUGAAUACACAAAAUCAUGCGAUAAAGGUAAAGACAAGAUCCAAUAAAAUUUAGUUCCAGUAAUCUAUAUCAGAUAACCCAGUAAUUUAAUCCUGUUUAGCGUUUAAAGCGUUUGAAUUUAAAACCAAAAAUCUUUAAGAGUCUUUGUCCCUGAUGUAACUAAGUAAUACGAUCUACUUUUAACCACAUUUGUGGGGUUUUUUAUUCCAAGAUUUUUCGGGUAGCUAAGUUUUGUCCCGUUCUGCAACAUUUUUCCUCAAAGGAUUUCAUUGUUCCAUAGUUAUUUUCGCGUUCAUAAUCUAUUAAUGAAGCAGCACAUAGAUGAUAUUUAAUAUUUUCUUGUGGGAUAUAUAAUUUAUUUAACGAGUGAGACAGGAUUGUUUUCUAAAAGUUAUCGCGUGUGCGAAGCGCCGAGCAUAGCCUAAAUUUUGCAGCCCUUCGCAGGCGAUUGUGACGUAUCCAUAUGGGUGAAACAUUUUCGAAAGGGACGUUAAACAAUAUACAAUCAAACAAUCCCCCAGUGAAAGUUAAAUUCAAAUUAAAUAAAACGUGAAAAAUUAAUUACGUAUAACGUAAACUGAAGAUCUUCUUAUGUAUCGCAGAUGAAUAUUGAGACAAGUAGUCCCGGUUGUCAUUUUCAAAUCGUGAAAAUAACAACUGUGAAAAUAUCAAUUCUUAUUCCAUAGAUAAAUUUCAGUAUUUCAUUGGUGAAAAUGUAAUAGAUACAGUUGUUAGAUAAAAUUGACAGGACUAUUUUAAUAGUAAUUUAUUUUAUACUGGCCGGUUUCCAACAAACCCCUAAACGCAUAUCAACACUUGGCAUCAUUUCAUAUGAAUGACAUGGGAAAUGGCUGUAUAUGUUUUGAAUAAAUGCAUUUUGUACAUGCUGUAUAUAGUAGAAAAAUGAAAGAUAUCAAAUACAUGUAGUUGUCAUAAUUGUUGAAGAAAAACCCCUCGGUAUCGAGGAACUAUUUAAAUGAAUACAGUAUAUCCCUUUAAUUUUUUAUUCGGUCAAAAGGGGAUACUUACUCCUCCUAGGCACCUGAUCCCACCUCUGGUGUGUCCAGGGGUCCGUGUUUGCCCAACUAUCUAUUUUGUAUUGCUUAUAGGAGUUAUGAGAUUGAUCACUGUUCGUUAUCUUCACCUUGCUUUUAAUCGAAACAAUUGGCACUCUGGGUUUUUCUCCCCUUUGUGUAUAUGAUGUAUUACAUUCACCUUUUAUGUUGAGGGGUCAUAAACAGUGAUGACUUGAAUUACUUUAUAAUAAAAGCUGAAUAUAAACUGAAUAUGAGUUUAUCAAUCUCAUAACUCCUAUAUGGAAUACAAAAUAGAGGGCUGGGCAAAGACGGAUUCCUAGAUAUACCAGAGGUGGGACCAGGCCCCUAGGAGAUUAAGCAUCCCCUGUCCACCGGUCACACCUGCCGUGGGCCCUAUAUCUUAUAUGUAUAAUCUUAUGAUGUGUUUAUUUACUUUCAAUUAUGAUACUAAUUCCUUCAAUGAAUUGUAAUUCCAUUGUUUUACACAAAAGUAAUUGGUGACUUCAAUUUCGUGGGUUUUUUUUAAAUAACUAUAUAUUCUUCAGUUACUUUGGAGUCAAUAUCGUUGUUCAUUAUAUGCACUGAUUUCUUAUAUCAAUAGAUAGACUUUAUUUUGUACCUUGAAGUAGAAAGCUUGUAUUUGUUCAGAGUGCUGUGUAAUCCAUGUAAUGUUUUAGAUAAUAAAGUAUUGUUUC